CAUCGCUCGAGCCGGAAACAUAUUUUUAUUGCGUGAAAUGGCGUCUGUUACGGGUCGCAACUUGGCAAUCUGCAUCGUUGCCCUCAUCAACUUCGUGUUCGUUUUCGGAACUGGGGCCGAAUUUGUCCGCUUCAUCUCCUUCAGAGCAAUUUACCACAACAUCACGGGAGGGCCACCGCUAUGUCGGGAUUCGGUGUCGUGGUCCGAGGCCCUGCGUGACAGCUCGGUGCUGCGUGCAGCGGGGUUGGACCUGGCGCUGCUGGCUCUGUUUGCAUGCCAGCACAGCCUCCUCGCCUGGGACCCUGUCAAGCGGGCGUGCCAGUCUGUCCUCGGGGUCCUGAACCGGGCUUUCUACUGCUCAUCCACGGCCCUGGCGCUCCAGGUUCUCAUGCGUUGCUGGCAGCCGGUGACCAGCGCCCCCUGCCUGUGGACCGUGAGCAGCGCGCCCUGGAACACCUGGUUCCCCCUGCUGUGCUUCACGCUGCACUUCCUGUGCUGGGCCAUCAUCUGCAGCAUCCUGCUCAUUUUCGACUAUCCGGAGCUGCUGGGCAUCAAACAGGUGUAUUACGAGUGUCUGGGUUUGGGGGACCCCCUGUCGCUGAAGUCACCCCGAGCCCAGCGGCUGUUUGCUCACCUGCGCCACCCGGUGUGCCUGGAGCUGUGCGUGGUCCUGUGGCUCCUCCCCACGCUGCCCCUGGACCGCCUGCUCCUGGCCGGGGGUCUGACGGCCUACCUGGCCCUGGCGCACUCCCUGGACAAGCAGGACUGCCAGUACCUCAGCAUCCAGCUGUCCAGCAAGCUGCAGCUCUUCAGCUCGCUACCAGAGGGCAGCACCGAGGUCAACGGUAACAAGCAAGACUGAAGAACAAAAAGCGCUUCCUAUGCCACGCCCCAGAAUGGACUUCCUUGCUUCCUGCUUUCCAUAAAGAACACACUUUAAGACUUAUUGCAGCUAUAAAGUUAUUUACUUUUUCAAAUGUUUUUUUUUUUUGCCUUAUUAUGGCUUCCACUCCAUAUUACGAGAAAUGAGAAGAGAUUGUAAAUUUGCACUGGUGUACCGUCUGCAUGCACACUGACGGGGGGGGGGCUUGGAAGGGAGGAACGUGUGGUUUAGAACCUGACAUUUAGGCCCUGUUCACAUUUGGAUUGGGUAAUGGACCAAUCAGGGGCCGGGAGUCUUGCCUGUUUGAUGCAAAUAACAACCCAUGCCCCCUCUGUCAUGCCAGAUGAAUGAUUCCAGCCACAGUGAUAUUAUUGUUCAUAUGGUUCAUUUUAAUUAUGACCCCAGUUAGCGACUGUUUUGAGGCCUGCCAAAUGCGAGGCCGGUGAGAAAUGUGGGCCAUUUCUAAGAUCUUACUCUUUUUUUAGGCUCCUGGUAUCUACACUGCUGGGGCAUAGUAACUCUUGGCCAACAAUAACUAAAUGUAUUUUACCACCAGUGUUUUGCAACUUAAAGUAUUUCAUAUAUUUAUUUAA